CCUGCGCAAUCGCCUCCGAGCGCCCGGACCGGGAUGGCGGCCGUUUUGGAGUCGCUGCUGCGAGAGGAGCUGUCGGUCGCAGCCGCCGUGCGGUGGAUCGCGCGCAGCGCCCAGAGUUCGGAGGAUGACCCCGGGGAGGCGGCCGCGUUGAGCUCACUUCGGCCACUGCGGAAGGAAUUCGUGCCAUUCCUGCUGAACUUCCUGAGGGAGCAGAGCAGCCGCGUCCUCCCGCAGGGCCCCCCAACCCCCGCCAAGGCCCCGGGCUCCUCGGCAGCCUUGCCAGGGAGGCCGGGGGGCCCGCCGCGGGGCGGCCGCGGGGCGCGCAGCCAGCUCUUCCCUCCGACCGAGCCUUCGAGCGCUGCCGCCGCCGAGGCCCCUUCGGCCCGCCGUGGGGGCAGGAGGCGGGGCCUGGGGCCGGCCCGUGAGCGAGGAGGCCGCGGCCCCGGGGGCUUGGAGGAGGGAGUCAGUGGGGAGACCCCGCCCUGGGCUGGGGGCCGGAGGCCCAGGAGCUCUGGCAGCCCCAGCAGCCCCAUCCUCGUGCGCUCUGAUCCGCCGAACCUCAGCAACCUGGAGGAGUUCCCUCCCGUAGGCUCGGUUCCCCCCGGCUCUGCAGGCAGGACCAAGCCUUCACGCAGGAUCAACCCAACUCCGGUGAGCGAAGAGCGGUCACUCUCCAAGCCCAAGACCUGCUUCACCUCACCCCCAAUCAACUGUGUCCCCAGUUCCCAACCCGCAGUCCUGGACACUAGCCCUUGGGGCCAUGGCCUUCCCCCAGGGUGCAGAAGUCUGCAAGAGGAGCGGGAGAUGCUCAGGAAGGAGCGCUCCAAGCAGCUGCGGCAGUCACCUACUCCUGUCUGCCCCACCCUAGAAUCAGGGUAUCCUCACCCCAGCCGAACAGGAAACCUCACAGCUGAACCUGCUGACCCUGCCAGAGUGUCUUCCCGCCAGCGCCUGGAGCUGGUAGCCCUUGUCUACUCUUCAUGCAUUGCAGAGAACCUGGUACCAAACCUCUUCCUGGAGCUUUUCUUCGUCCUUCAGCUCCUUACUGCCCGGAGGAUGGUGGCUGCCAAAGACAGUGACCUUGAAUCAAGUCCAGGAGCCGUAGGUUCCCUGGAAAGCCCGCUGUUCCAGAGUGUCCAUGAUUGUGUCUUCUUUGCAGUGCAGGUUUUGGAGCAUCAGUUUCAUGUGCUUUCCCACCUGGACAAAGGGACCUUGAAGCUGUUGGCUGAGAAUGAGCGGCUACUGUGCUUCUCGCCAGCUCUGCAAGGACGCCUCCGAGCUGCCUAUGAGGGCAGUGUUGCGAAGGUCUCCCUGGAGAUGCCACCUUCUGCUCAAGCUGUCUCCUUUCAGCCAGAAACUGACAACCGUGCCAACUUCUCUAGUGAUCGAGCUUUUCAUACUUUUAAGAAACAGAGGGAUGUGUUUUAUGAGGUGCUUCGAGAGUGGGAAGAUCGCCAUGAGGAGCCUGGCUGGGAUUUUGAGAAGGGCUUGGGCAGCAGGAUCAGAACCAUGAUGGGUCACCUCUCUGCAGCCGGCAGCCACAGCCAUUUUGUUCGACUUUUUCAAAAACAACUUCUCCAGAUGUGUCAGAGUCCUGGUGGUGCUGGGGGCACUGUCUUGGGUGAGGCUCCGGGUGUGUUAAAUAUGCUUGGAGCUGACAAGCUGGGGCGGUUGCGGCGCCUACAGGAACGGCUUGUGGCCCCUCAGAGCAGUGGGGGGCCCUGCCCACCCCCAACCUUCCCAGGCUGUCAGGGCUUCUUCAGGGACUUCAUCUUGAGUGCCAGCAGCUUCCAGUUUAAUCAGCAUCUCAUGGAUAGUCUGAGUUUGAAGAUCCGGGAGCUCAACGGCCUGGCCCUGCCUCAGCCUGAGCCUAGUGAUGAAGAUGGGGAGUCAGACGUGGACUGGCAGGGUGAACGGAGGCAGUUUGCUGUGGUGCUGCUCAGCUUGAGGCUUCUGGCUAAAUUCCUGGGCUUUGUGGCUUUCCUGCCGUACCGGGGGCCUGAACCACUGCCAACACGUGAGCUCCAGGACUCUAUUCUGGCCCUGAGGAGCCAGGUGCCCCCGGUCCUGGAUGUGCGGGCUCUGCUGCAGCAGGGGCUGCGGGCCCGUCGAGCCGUGCUCACGGUGCCCUGGCUAGUGGAGUUCCUUUCCCUUGCUGACCACAUUGUCCCCAUGCUGGACUACUACCGCAGCAUCUUCACCCUCCUGCUGCACCUGCAUCGGAGCUUGGUCUUGUCAAAGGAAAGUGAAGGGGAGAUGUGUUUCCUGAACAAGCUGCUGCUGCUUGCUGUCCUGGGCUGGCUUUUCCAGAUUCCCACAGUCCCUGAGGACCUGUUCUUUCUGGAAGAGGGUCAGUUGGAUGCCUUUGAGGUGGAUACAGUAGCUUCAGAGCAUGGCUUGGACAGCAUGCCUGUGGUGGACCAGCACCUGCUCUACACCUGCUGCCCCUAUAUUGGAGAGCUCCGCAAACUGCUCGCUUCAUGGGUGUCAGGCAGCAGUGGGCGGAGUGGGGGCUUUGUGAGGAAAAUCACUCCCACCACCACCACCGGCCUGGGAGCCCGGCCUCCACGGACCACCCAGGGGCUGCAGGCACAGCUGGCUCAAGCCUUUUUCCACAACCAGCCACCCUCCCUGCGCAGGACUGUGGAGUUUGUGGCGGAGAGAAUUGGCUCUAACUGUGUCAAACAUAUCAAGGCCACGCUGGUGGCAGAUCUGGUGCGCCAGGCAGAGUCACUUCUUCAAGAACAGCUGGUGACACAGGGACAGGAAGGGGGAGAUCCAGCCCAGCUGUUGGAGAUCUUGUGUUCCCAGCUGUGCCCCCACGGGGCCCAGGCACUGACCCAGGGGCGGGAGUUCUGCCAAAGGAAGAGCCCUGGUGCUGUGCGGGCAUUGCUUCCCGAGGAGACCCCGGCAGCUGUUCUGAGCAGCGCAGAGAACAUUGCUGUGGGGCUUGCAACAGAGAAAGCCUGUGCUUGGUUGUCAGCCAACAUCACAGCGCUGAUCAGGAGGGAGGUGAAAGCGGCCGUGAGUCGCACGCUUCGAGCCCAGGGUCCUGAGCCGGCUGCCCGGGGGGAGCGGAGGGGCUGCUCCCGUGCCUGUGAGCACCAUGCUCCCCUCCCCUCCCACCUCAUCUCCGAGAUAAAAGAUGUGCUCUCCCUGGCCGUGGGGCCCCGGGACCCUGAUGAGGGAGUUUCCCCAGAGCAUCUGGAGCAGCUCCUAGGACAGCUGGGCCAGACGCUGCGGUGCCGCCAGUUCCUGUGCCCACCUGCUGAGCAGCAUCUGGCAAAGUGCUCUGUGGAGUUAGCAUCCCUGCUUGGUAUGGCUCCUUUUUAUCACAUCACUUUGUUGCCAGAUCCCCCAGUUCUCAGGGUUGGGUACAAGCAAGAGAGAAAACGGAGCUUUCUUCUGCUCUUCCUCCCAGGGGCUGGCCAUGUGACACCGUCUCCAUAUCUUAAAGCUUGGCUUUCCUCUCUUCCUACAGUUGCAGAUCAGAUUCCUGUCCUAGGGCCCCCGGCACAGCACCGGCUGGAGAGAGGGCAGGCUCGAAGGCUCCUGCUCCUGCUGCUUUCCCUGUGGAAGGAUGACUUUCAGGUGCCCGUUCCACUGCAGCUGCUGCUGAGCCCAAGGAACGUGGGGCUUCUGGCAGACACUCGGCCAAGGGAGUGGGACCUGCUGCUGUUCUUGCUCCGGGAGCUGGUAGAGAAAGGUCUCAUGGGACGGAUGGAGAUAGAGGCCUGCCUGGGCAGCCUUCAUGAGGCCCAGUGGCCAGGGGAUUUCUCUGAAGAAUUAGCAACACUGUUCAGCCUGUUUCUAGCUGAGCCCCAUGUGCCAGAACCACAGCUAAGAGCUUGUGAGCUGGUGCAGCCAAACCGGGGGACUGUGCUGGCCCAGAGCUAGGGCCGGGAGGUGGCCCUCCCUUGGGCAUCUCACCAGAACGCUGGAACCCAGCCUGACUGUGCCUCAGGAGGCCCCAGAGUCACCACAAGUGCCCACUGCCGACUCCUGCUGGUGUGGGAGUAGCUAAGUCUGUCUUGAGGCUUCCUGCUCACGUAUGAAGGAAGCGGGUGGUUGCCUGGCAUGCCACCGGCUGGAAGCUCACCAUCCCAAGUCGUAGAGGAAGGACAAGGGGUCACCUGAUUCAGGAUUGUGGUGGAAAAGCCUAGAGACUCCAGUCCUGGAACAGAAGAGUUGGCAUUUAUUACUUGGAUACUAAGUGAAAUGACGUGUGGGGAUUCGACACGGGAUUCGAGCCCCACCUGCUGCUAUCCCAACAUCUCUUAAGAGCUCUGUGGUUUGGGAAAUCAUGACAGAGGCAAAUGACUUCUGCUCAACUUGUGAGUAAAGUUAAAACAUGAAUCUUGGGAGACUACAUUUUUUUUUUUUUUUAACCACCAGGAGCUGGACUGUCAUCUCCUUAAAAAUGUGCAACAGAUGAGGCGGGGCUCGCCCGACAGAAAGUUGCCUUUUCCCUGCACCCCGCCUGCCUUCAGCCCCGUGCACAUAGUAACUCUGACCCUAGCUCCAUCCAGGGGCCAAGCACGGGCAGAACGUUAGCGCUUUUUAAAAUAAACUGUUUUCUUUA